GGCCCCAUCUGGCCUGCCCCCAGGCAGGUGCCGUGUUAACAUCUUGUGAGCAGAACACCCUCGGCCCAAGUGGGACCGGGGGCGGAGAAGGAAAUUCUGAGUGGCAUCUGCGCUUUACCACGGUCUGCUGGAUGGGAGAUCGGAAGCUCUGGGGACCAGAGAGGAGGAAGAGGAUGACGGUGAUGACUAUGAGAAUAUGGCGCCACCCUACAAGGACCUUCCUCCCAAGCCAGAUUCAAUGGCUCCACCCAGGCCUCCGAGGGCAGGAAAUAAAACGGAGAACCCCCCACUUCCCUGCAAGUCCCCAAAGAUCAAAGGCCUGGACCUCACCCCUGUCCCCCGAACAUCUCAACUGGGUGUCAGUCUGGAGCAUCCUCCGUUCCAGCCAUCCCUAGCUAUAACUCCAGUGUCCCAGCUCAGUCAGAAGUCCAGGUGUCCUGGAUGCUAUCAGGAGGAGAGACUGGUGGUGUACCUGUGCCUGCUGGUGGUGGUGUCCCUGGUCCUGGGCUGCACUGGUCUGGCUGUGACCCUGAUUAAGUACCAGGAGAUGGUAGAAGAGCUGAAGAUACUAACCUUUCAGCAGAUGGCAUGGCAAGCAAAUGUGACUGGCAUGGCAGGGAUAGCUGGCCUGAAGAAAGACAUUGACCACAUAAGAACUAACACCAACCAGUCCCUCCGAGAACUACGGGGGUUAUUAGAUUGUACCAGGGUCACCUGCCCGGAGGGUUGGGUCCCUUUUGAAGGAAAGUGUUACUACUUCUCCCCAACCACCAAGUCAUGGGAUGAAGCCCGGAAGUUCUGCCAGGAGAAUUAUUCUCACUUGGUCAUCAUCAGUAGCUUUGCUGAACAGAACUUUGUGGCUAAGGCUCAUGGCUCUCCACGGGUAUACUGGCUGGGGCUGAAUGACAGGGACCACGAAGGGGACUGGAAAUGGCUGGAUGGGUCACCUGUCACUCUGAGCUUUUGGGACCCAGAGGAACCCAACAACCUCUUUGAUGAGGACUGUGCCAGCAUGAACAAAGGUGGCACCUGGAAUGACCUCUCUUGUGACAAGACUACAUAUUGGAUCUGUGAGCGGAAAUGUUCCUGUUGAACCUCACCCCUGAGGGUGGGUGUGACUCUUUAUCCAGUGCUCCUUGGCUCUUAGGGGUGAGAACCUUCUGCCCUUCCACGGAGGACCGCCUUUCCAUGAGCCAACAUGGAUAUAGCUAAGAUGGAACCAGGAGCUUGGAUAUUGCAAGGCCCCUUGGGUGCAAGUGAGAGCAUUUCUACGGUGAGGAUUUGAGGGCUUGUUAUUUUUUGUUUCUAAUAUUUUAUUUAUUUAUUUGGGAGAGACAGUGAGCAAGAGAGAGUGCACACAAGCAGCAGCAGAGGCAGAGGGAGAAAUAGACUCCCCUGCUGAGCAGGGAGCCCCACACGGGACUUGAUCCCAGGACCCUGGGAUCACGACUUGAACUGAAGGCAGACACUUGACUGAACCACCCUGAUGCCCAUGGGCUUCUUCAAUAGGAUGGUGUCUUAGUUUGUCAGAUUGCUGCACCAAAAAACUAAACUGAGUGGCUUAUAAACAACAGAGAUUUAUUUAUUGAAAUUCUGGAAGCUGGGACGUCCAAGAUCAAGGUAUAGUGUGUAACGAGGGUCCAUUUUCUGACUCAUAGAUGGCUACCCUCUUGCCGUGUUCUCUCAUGCUGGAAGAGGUGAGAGCUCUCGAGGGUCCCUGUUAUAAGGGCACAAGAAUUCUACCCCCAUGCCCUAAUCACCUCCCAAAGGCCCAUCACACUGUGGGUUCAGAUUUGACAAAUGAAUUGGGUGAGGACCCAUAAUGCAGUCUGUAGCAGGUACUUUACUGGAGAGGGACGAGGUCUUAGAAAUUGUCUCCAAGUUCUGGGGUCUGAGGAAACUCACCAAGUCCCUGAUCAUGGCUCUUAGGAAGCAGUGCUGGCCUGGGGGCUCUGGGUCUGACAAUGACUGAGUUGGAGCUGAAAACUCCCUGACUCUUCUGGACCGUGGUGUGCCUGGACAGGGCUCCCAGUAGGAGAGCCUGUCUGAUGUGGAGCAGCUUCUGGGAAGCAGAUGGGGAAAAAUUAUUCUUGACAGGCAACUUUCUCAAGGUCUCAGAUGCGGUUUGCCCAACCUAUGUGGCAGAAUCAGGCCUCUGCCAAGAUGUGUCCUAUGAAACUUCUAGAAAGGCAGACCAGCUGAAAGGCAGGACUGCGCCCAGUGUGUGGUCAGAUUCCCAGGACUGAGCAGAGCUAUCUACCCGCCUGUGCCUUUAGGCUGUUUGUCGUUUGUAAAGAUCUUUGAGGAAGUAAUUCACUUGACUUCUGAGCGGACCUUGCUGGGCUAUCAGCUCUUGCAAUGUUAGAACUCAAAAUGUCAGCUCACAGUGUGGUCCUUGGCCACUGUGUUGGUUUUCUGGGACUUUCAUAAUAAAGCACCACAGACUGGCUUAAA